AUGGCUCGUCUAUUUGUGGCAUCCCAGCUGCUACCUGUGCUGGUUCUGGCUGCUACGGUUGCUCUCCUUGCUUCUGCUCCUGUCGCUGUCGGAGUGAACUACGCCAAGAGCGGCCUCGACUGGGAGGGCGUGUGUGCGUCGGGUGAGAGACAGUCGCCCAUCAACAUAGUGAUGGACGAGGCACGCACCGUGACGGAUGCAGAGAAGUUGCACCUUGACUAUGACACGUCAGCCACCACAGCUACAGUCGUCAACAAGGGUCACACCGUCCAGGUGGUCCCGAAUCCAUCCAACACCUACAGGCUGCACAUAGCCAGCGGGACCUACGAGCUGAAGCAGGUGCACGUGCACUCGUUCUCAGAGCACGCAAUCAACGGGCUCUUUGCUCCCAUGGAAGCCCACUUCGUGCAUGCACACAUCGACAACCCCUCCCAGCUCGCUGUCGUCGGCGUAAUGCUGAGACUCCAGCGGGAUGACCAGGCGAGCCCGUGGGUGGAUUCAUGGCUGCCUAAGACCCCCUCUGGGCUGGACGCAAUGGCUGGGAUUGAUGUUACUGGGAGUUUUUGGAGGGAGAUGAUGGAUCUGUCCAUUGGGUUUUGGAGGUAUCCCGGCUCGCUUACUACUCCAGGCUGCGAUGAGAUUGUUGAGUGGCAUGUGCUGCGUAAGGCCAAGUUCCUCUCUGUGGACCAGGCUGCCACUUUCAUGAAUUUGAUGGGAACGAUGAACAAGGAGCGCACCAACAACCGUCUGCCAGAGCCACUCCAUGGCAGGGAGGUCACCUACUUCACUACUGUCACUGCAUAA